UGGCAGUAAAGCACCGCUGUUCAUCUCCAAAACAGGGAAAGAAGUCGCUCUCUGUCAUACAUGUGUUUUAGUCCUGAAGUAGUUUUGUAGACACCACAAUCUUUUUGAAGUGCUUGUAGCCCAUGAACAGUUUGGCACACACACAAUGCUAAGUGACACUGAGGCUCAAGAGCUCCUCUGUUUCCUCCGACUGGACACGAGGCCGGACGUUAAGGGCCAGGCUACGGAGUACAUCCUCGGCCUGACAGGAACGCGAGAUGGCUGCCGCUACCUACAGACAAAGUCUGACUUCCUCAAGGCUCUGGUCACGCUGACGGCAGAUAUCUCCAUCGCCAUCGUAAAGGACUGUUACCAUGCCCUGGUCAACCUCUCGGCUGACGAAACACUGCACAAACCCUUGAUGAAGGAGGCAGGCAUUUUACCCGUGCUGCUAAACCACCUCCUUGACCCAGAGUACGAGUUCUCAGAUCGCAUCUGCUCCGUCCUGACCAACCUGUCCAGGCAUGAAAGGACGUGUGUGGACGUGUUACACGAGCUGCAGGAGCAGGUCGGCAUGGCCAAAAUAGUCGAGAUCUUCUGCACCGAGGGCUUUAAUAAGAAAGCCUCACUGCAUUACCUGGGACCUCUGCUGUCCAACCUCACACAGUUACCCGAGGCCAGGCACUUCAUCCUGGACAAGGAACGGUGUGUGAUCCAGAGGCUUCUUCCCUACACGCAGUACGAGGCGUCAGUCACCAGACGUGGUGGAGUUGUCGGCACGCUCCGAAACUGCUGCUUCGACUACACCCAUCAUGAGUGGUUGCUAAGUGACGCGGUGGAUAUUUUGCCCUUCCUGCUCUUGCCCCUGGCCGGUCCGGAGGAGCUCUCUGACGAGGAGAACGAAGGUUUGCCUGUGGAACUGCAGUACCUUCCAGAGGACAAAACAAGAGAAGACGACCCUGACAUCCGCAGGAUGCUUAUCGAGACACUAUUACUGCUUACAGCCACCAAAGCAGGACGGCAGAUUAUGAUGAAGAAAAACGUCUAUCCCGUUAUGCGCGAGUUUCAUAAGUGGGAGAAGGAUCCACGAGUGAUUUCUGCCUGCGAAAAGCUUGUUCAGGUUUUGAUCGGAGACGAGCCGGAGGCAGGGAUGGAGAACCUGUUGGAGGUGGCGAUUCCUGAGGACGUUGAGCAGAAGCUGAAGGACGUGGAUGCCAAAGAGCAGGAGCAGAUUGAGAAAGAAGAACAAGAGCUGCUCAAAGCGGAAACCGAGAGGCGUCACAGCUCAAAUCCGGAAGGGGCUGGAAUGAUGGAUGGCCUGCAGGAUGGACACCAGACACACAUCUCACACACAUCUCCAGUUCCUAAUGACUCAGUUCUAUAACCCCGUCAUCCAGAAAUGGAGUUUCUGUUAUUAAGGCUGUGCUGUUUUAAUAUUAUGAGCUAGUAAAGUGGGGACAAUGUGGAGUCUUUAUGAUGCACUCGCUUACUUUUAGGAUGAAACUGGGUCCGGAUGGCAGUAUACCAAUUGGAAUAUCAGCUGUGGGCUGGAAAAAUGAGUCACCCUUUAAGUUUCCUGUACGCAGAUUUAAUAAUACGAACGUUUUAUAUUAAAAUCCCUCUUAGUCCAUCGUA